CUCUCAUCCGAGACGGGAGGGAUGCUGCUGCUGCUACUGCUGCGAGGGAUAGAGCUGAGCGCAGUUGGAAAAGCUGUCCCCCCCCGCCCCCUCCCAUCCAAAGCUCCUCCUCUGUCGUCGGAGAGCGGAGAGCGGUCACAUUUUGUUCAAUGAGAGUAAGAGGGGCACCGGAGAGGAGAGGACCCCCCCCCCCAACUCUGAACCUGCUGCUGUGCCGCCUGGCUGCUUCCUCGCCUCGGCCAAAGCAGAGGCUAAUAUGAAGACACCAUUUGGCAAACCAGACCCUGGAAAGCACCUACAAUCCUUUCAACUCAUUUGAAACUGAAGACGGCACCAUGCGUUGUCUCCAGUGAAACCUUCAUCCCCACUCUCCUCUCUUCCUAUCUAGCCACUGAGAGUGAGGACAUCGCCAGCUGCAUAAAGAUGGCUUCAGAUAAACCCUGCAUGGAUACACUUGAGCGACGGCCCAUAUUGGGUGCUGCCUGUAAGCGGCAGGGUCACCGGUGUGUGCGGAAAAAGCUGAGGCCCAUACGAAUCUUGGGGUUCAUCUUCAGCCUGGUGGCCCUAAGUGCUGUCUCCUUCAGUGCCUUGACCAGGAGCUCAGGUGGUCUUAGUGAGCCAGUGCUCCAACAGGAGAGUCUCCGCCUGUCGGCCCCCCACCGGACUCUACUUUUCACCCAACAUCAGACGGACCCCAACGUCUCAGCUGACAUACCAAUAGCCAUGAUGUCGACAGCAAAUAGCAACGACAGCCAGGGGGAUUACCCACCGGACCUCUUCACCCUUGCGGAGAGGCGCCAAGGGGCAGUGGCCCUCCACAUGUUUGGCAUGAUCUACAUGUUCAUUGCCUUAGCCAUAGUGUGUGACGAGUUUUUCGUCCCAGCGCUCACAGUCAUCACAGAGAAGCUGACCAUUUCGGAUGACGUGGCAGGUGCCACCUUCAUGGCAGCAGGCGGCUCGGCUCCAGAACUUUUCACCUCCAUCAUCGGUGUCUUCAUCUCACACAGCAACGUGGGCAUCGGGACCAUCGUGGGCUCGGCCGUCUUCAAUAUUCUCUUUGUCAUUGGGAUGUGCGCCAUCUUCUCCAAGGAGAUCCUCAACUUAACAUGGUGGCCGCUCUUCCGCGAUGUCUCCUUCUACAUCCUGGAUCUGAUCAUGCUAAUCAUCUUCUUCCUGGAUAACAUCAUCUGCAUAUGGGAAAGUAUCACGCUGCUCUCGGCCUACGCCGCCUACGUGAUCUUCAUGAAGUGCAACAGCAAAGUCGAGGGCUUCGUCAAAAAUUGCAUGAGCAAGAAUCAAGUGGUAGAAGUAGCGGUGCAGCCCAAGGAUGAGAAGGCGAGUCCUGGGGCUCCAGAGGAUGACGGCAAGUUGUCGGCGAGGCCCCGACUGCAGAGGGGGGGGAGUUCCGCCUCCCUGCACAACAGCUUGAUGAGGAACAGCAUUUUCCAGCUGAUGAUUCACACAUUAGACCCUUUAAGUGAAGAAUUUGCUGACUCUGAGCUUGGGACUUAUGGGAAACUAAAAUAUUAUCACUCAAUGACUGAGGAAGGUAAAUUUCGAGAGAAGGCCUCCAUCCUUCACAAAAUCGCUAAAAAGAAGUGCCAAGUGGAAGACAGCGAGAAGGCCAAUGGCGUCGCAAGCCGUUCAGAUAAGAACCUCCCAAACAGCUCCAGUGUGGAAGUGGAAGUGACGCCGCCCAUGAAUGGAACGGCAGGGCAAGAGGGAGAGACGGCUGAGGAUGAGGAGGAAGAGGACCAGCCUCUGAGCCUGUCAUGGCCCGAAUCCAACCGCAAGCGCCUGACCUACCUCUUAAUCAUACCCAUCGUCCUCCCCCUGUGGCUGACGCUCCCUGACGUCAGGAAAACGUCGUCAAAGAAGUUCUUCCCAGUCACCUUCUUUGGUGCCAUCUGCUGGAUCGCAGCCUUUUCAUACCUAAUGGUUUGGUGGGCUCACCAGGUUGGAGAGACCAUUGGGAUUACAGAAGAGAUUAUGGGCCUGACUAUAUUAGCAGCUGGAACCUCCAUCCCUGACCUCAUCACCAGUGUCAUUGUGGCACGCAAGGGGCUGGGUGAUAUGGCUGUCUCCAGCUCGGUCGGCUCCAACAUCUUCGACAUCACCGUUGGACUGCCAUUCCCCUGGCUCCUCUGGUCCUCCUUCAACGACAUGAAACCGGUGCAAGUCAGCUCCAACGGCCUCUUCUGUGCCAUCGUGCUCCUCUUCCUCAUGCUCAUCUUUGUCAUCAUCUCCAUCGCCGCCUGCAAGUGGCGCAUGAGCAAGCUGCUCGGCUUCAUCAUGUUCAUGCUGUAUUUCGUCUUCCUGGUGGUCAGCGUCAUGCUGGAGGACAAGGUCAUCUCCUGUCCGGUGUCCGUCUGAGGACCUUCGAGGACCUACGUCCUCACCCCUUGUCACCACCACCCCAACUACAGCCAUCUUUAUUAUCUGCCAUCACUCUCACCUGACCUAUGUGAUCCUCUACCCUGGGAAUAAAAGAAGAACGGGAUGAGAGAAGGAUAUAAGAAUAUGAAGAAAGAAAAAAGGAAUCUACCAUUUCAGGGGGCAGGAGGUGGCGGGUAGCGGUUAAACCAAAAAGGGCACAAGACUUUCGCUUGGCUGAGUCAGCGCAGGUCAAACCUGAGUGGAUUUUUAUUAACGAUUAUUAUUGUUAUUAAUAUUUAUCGGCAGGUGAGGGUUAUUAUGGGUGUAUCAGCCAAAUAUAGAAACAUUAUGCAUGCCAUUAGUGUCACUAGAUGGAGAGAAAGACCCCCUGUGAACUUUGGGGGUGAAACUAAAAACUUAGGAUGCGCCGAAUUAAACUCUUAACAAUAAAUGCAGUGAUUGAGCUAAAAUUGUGAGCAUAUUUGAGCAAGUUCAACAGACUGAGAUGCUGCCAGCGAGAGUGAAGAGGAGUUUGUGGAAUGCGGAAAUGGCGCAGUGUGGAUGAAGAUUUUGUUCCAAACGUUUCUCCUGUUUGAGGGUAUUGAGCGGAAAGAUUCUCAUGUGUGCUUUGCACCUGAGCAACGACGGAAGAAAGACUCUUGGGAGGCAGACAGAAUUCGUAUUAUUUUUUUGAUUUUUUUUCAUAAAUCCUUGUGCUCAUUCUGAGUGACAGGUUUAAUCUUUCCCUCCUCCCUGCCAGAUGUCAUUUUUCACCACUGAAUGUUUUUUCGCAGGAGGGGAUUCAUUUUCAUGAAAUAUUUAAAAGUAGCAUUAGUUGUACUGUAGCAGUAUUAGUUGGUGUAGAGUCCUCUUGACAAUCUGCACCUCUUCUUCUUCCCCCUUUUUUUUCGCCACUGGACACACAUUCUGAUUGUACAGACGUGUUCACGCUUCACACGCACCGACUGAUGAAGGCGAGAAAAAGAAGCCUAACUGAAGUUCAGCCAGCCUUCAAUAUCUUUCACUGGUUGGAGUAUCUUAGGCUCAUUAAAGUUCCAUAACGAAGUCAAUGUCAAAAUAACACAUUUGAAAAUAACUUAGCAGUGUUUAAGCGUCAUGGUUGAUUAUAGAUUAGUAAAUGUGUAGUGCUUUGUUCACAGUAGAACUGGGCUCAACUCACUGGCUAGUCAAGCUCCUGGGGUAGUAGUUUCAAGGAAUCAACUGCAUGUCAAAUUACAAAAACAAAAAAAAACUUGAAGGUGAAUAAUACCAGUCAACAUUUGAGAAGUCGUACAGCAAAAAACGUAUACUUUUUCAAACAUGUUUCAUAACUUCUGAAUGCAAACCAGUGCUCAGUCUCUGUGUGUGUUAGAAAAAUGUCGACAUGUGCGGUCAAUGAUAUCUAUCAAUCUUGUGCAAUUUCUUUUCUAAUCAAAGGUGCUUUCGUGUGCAUGUGUGCGAACUGCAUUAGAAGUCAUCACACACUGACCGUUCCUUAAAUUUACCUAUGGAUAGAGGCGACGCGACCAGUAUUUUGCAACUACCUGCAGACAAGCAUAUAGUAAACCAUAAUCACAAGCUACAUAGAAUGUGGAAACCACAGAUUUAACAGCAAUAUACCAUGUGUGUCACCCCCCCCCCCCCCCCCCCCAUGCGUGUCACCCGCUGUCCCUUCUGUCCGAUGUGGUCCACAACCCCCGACCAUUUGUCCUGUAUUGGACCCACAACCCCCUUCCUGUUAGCGCUGGCCAGGAACACCCGCUUUACCUCAACACAGCCACUGUACAGCAGCUUAGUAGGAAUACUGUAACUGUAACUGUAAAAUAAUAGUAAAUAGAUUCUCUGAACUCUCUGAAAGGGAAAAAUGCAUGCAAGGAAUUUGGGCUGGUUACCCACUGACUGUACAGCUGAGCGUAUCCAACUAUGUAUGUUCACUUUUAUGCAUCCAUUCAGAGAUGAACACCAAGAACUCCUUGGUUUUACUUUGUAAAUAUAAACUCCUGGGUUGUUGUUGUGGGGGGGGGUUUUUUGCAAGAACCAACUAGUUCACACGUGUAUUUUAGUCUCUUUGAUUUAUUGUUAUUUUUUGCAGUAGUGGAUGGAAUCAGACAUGCCUCGUGGUAUUACUGGGCAAAACACAACACAAGAGCAUUUAUUUUUAGACUACUCUACAUCUAAUAAGCAUACAUUAAACUGUAAACAUGCCUGUUCAGUUUCUGGUAAGAAAGGAGGGUUUCAUAUUGCCUCCUGUAGGACUAUUGCCACCAUUUGGUACAGGUUGCAAAAGUAGAGGGGUAGGAAAACUAUGAUCCAUGCACAAACCAAACACCUAUAUGUAAAACUGUUAUCCGGUGUGUGUGUGUGUGUGUGUGUGUGUGUGUGUGUGUGUGUGUGUGUGUGUGUGUGUGUGUGUGUGUGUGUGUGUGUGUGAGAGAGAGAGAGAGAAGAACUAGCCGUUCCACUGUUUCCUGCUAAGGUCAGCUAGUAUUUUGCUGGCAUUAGUUGCAAAAAGUGAAUUUCUGUGUUUCUCAAAAUGGCAAAACUACUUUUCUUGCUUAAACAAGUUAAGAGGUCAUUGGGUGUAGUUGACUUCUUACCACUAAGGUCACAUGCAUAUUUUACCUGUGCACUUCUAUUCUUAAAACCCCUCCUUUCGAGACCACACGUUUCUUUCUUUCUCUCCCUAAGGUUUCCGCGAUGUUUUCGCGUGAGAGCAUGAACGGUGAGGAUAAAAAAAGAAAAGAUUUUGAAAAAAAACAACAACGCUGUAACCAGUUUAGCACGAGAGCUUAGCAUCGAUUGAGGUUUCCAGGGUAAGCGGCUGUGAAAGUUGACCACCAAUGAACAUUCUUGCACUGUAAAUGUUUUAUUUUAUUGGUGUUGAUGUAAGAUUUAUUUAAGGUGUAAAUAUAUACAGAUACAAAUUAACCAUAUAAUCUAUAUGUGUAAAAGAAUAUGUCUCUUUAUGUAAAAACUCAAAGUAUAUAAUGAAACAAAUAAAGAUGAUAAUUGAAAUAUG